CAAUCAUAAAAUUAUAUUCAUCAAUGAGGUAAUAGCUCUACUUCAUUAAACCUGUAAAUCAUUUGUCCUAUAGAAAUCAAUCAAUAAAACAAAGCUUUAGUCAAUAAUAAAGUGAAGAAUCAAAAUCAAAAAGUCAAAAUCGAUUAUCAAAUAUCAAAAAAAAACCUGCUCCAAUAAUAACCUAAGCUAUUAAUUCUCCUAAACUAAAAAGGAUAAACAAUUAGUAUAAAUAAUAAUAAUGAUAUAGAUUGAGAAUUCUAAAAAGUAAUAAAGUUGACUUACCUUCCAUACCUUCUCCUUAAUUGUAAUAAUAAAGUGAUUAAUCUUUCUCUAAAAUUAAAAGCUUUGAAAAUCUUAAUAUUCAAAUGAGAUAGUCUACCCCAAGAAGAUUUAAAUCUGAUGAACCUAACAUAAGUGAACUUGGUAAUUAACCAAAAAAAACUAUACGCUUCAGUUAACAUAGUAAUAUUAGAUUGAGAAAUGAUUCAGCAAAAGCAAGAAAUAAUUCUAAUUAUAUUCCAAUUCAAAAAACUUAAACUGAACCUAGUGAAAUUAUUCAUUCUCCAAUAGUGCAUUUACCAAAAAGAGAUUUUGAUGAUUCAAGAGAAAUAUUAUAUUAAUUACAAAGAGGUUACUCAAAGGAAAAAUAAUCAAUUUUGAAGACUGAACCAGAUGAUCCCUAUAGAAUUCGUAGUGAUUGUGAAAAUAGAAACUCUACAAGUCUCAAAAGAUAAUUUGGACAUUAAUGUAUUAAUGAAUCUUAAAGAUUUCCUACAAAACAUCAUAUUGAUAUGCCAUGUGAUGAUGAAUUUUCUAUGUUUUUUAAAGAGGAUGAUAAUGGUAAUAAUUUUAAAAAUACACAAAAAAAUACUAACCAUUCAAAUUAAAUUAGUCAAUAAACUAAAGAAAAAAUAUUAGAUUUACUCUUUCUAUCAACUGGGGAAUUAAAAAAAAAAUUUAAUGAAUAAAGUAAAAUAUAAUAUUCAAAAAUCACUAACAAAAUAUAAUAAAAUAAACCUAUAGUACCAAAAAAUAGAUUUCCAAAUGAUUUUUUUAAUGUUUUGAAUUCUAAUGAAUCUCAAUUAUUUUGA